CAAAACUCCGAAUUCAGAUCGUUACUGUGGCUGAACCUGAAACCUGUACCAUCAGUUUGCUCCAAAUUCUUGUCAAUUGAUCGAUCAAAACCUCUAGCCAGGUUUGAGCUUAAACUUUCACUUUGUAUUAGCAAAAUCAAAGGCGAAAACGAAAAGCGAAGCCAAACACAAGAAUAAGAAUGAUACUCCAGCUUCCUCGCCUGACAAAUUCUCUCAGAGAGCCGUUUGACAUCGAUGAAGCCUAUCUUCAUCGCAAGGCCAUUUUACAGAAUCUCCAGAGGCCACGCAAUUCAGCGAACUCGCUUGAUGAUUCAGAGCUUGCGCGGAAGAUCGUACAUCGAUGGGGAGAAGCUUCAAUAGAAGUGAGACAAUCAUACAAGCAGUUUAUUGGGGCUGUGGUGGAGUUGAUUGAUGGAGAAAUGCCCUCUGAGGAGUUUGUUGUGGUGGCAUUGACAGCUUAUCGACUUUUUGGUGGGCCAGCAGAGGAGGAUAAUGUCAUUGACAGAAACAUAAUUGUUGAGAAAAAGAUGGAAUUGCAAAAGUUAAUUGGUCUUGAUGUUUCUGAUUCUAAACUGCAAAAAGUUGCCUCUUUAGCGCAGAGGCUUUUUCAGUUUCAACCCAGGGAGCAUAGCGCUCCUCUUGUUUCAGAAAGCCAUGUAAAUGGAAGUGGUGAUGGUUUAGAAUUUGGUGCAGACCUUGUCUUCAGAGCACCAGCUCGAUUUUUGGUUGAUGGUUCUUUGGAAGUUGAGGAAUUAAUGGAGGAUGAAAGUACUGUUCCUUCUCCAUUUCAUGAUGGAUGGUACAAUCACACUAACGCUUCAAAUUAUCAUUCUGGUGCUGACGCACAAAACUUUAAUUUGAGUUGGCUGAGAAAUGCAUGUGAUCGAAUAGUUAGAGAAAGUAAUUCACAACUUUCUCGAGAUGAUUUGGCAAUGGCUAUAUGUCGAGUACUUGAUUCUGAGAAACCUGGUGAAGAGAUAGCUGGUGACCUAUUGGAUCUUGUUGGGGAUAGUGCUUUUGAAACUGUUCAAGACCUUAUAUCGCAUAGAAAGGAACUUGUUGAUGCAAUACAUCAUGGAAAGCUUGUGCUAAAAUCUGAAAAGAUUACUUCAAAUUCUCAAUCAAGAAUGCCUAGUUAUGGCACUCAGGUGACUGUUCAAACAGAAUCUGAAAAACAAAUUGAUAAACUUCGGCGCAAGGAGGAAAAGCGACAUAGACGUGGAACUGAAUAUGGGGCCGAAGGCGAUGUAUCUGCUACAAGUUUUUCUUCUUUACUUGAAGCAAGUGAGAAGAAAAAUUCAUUUGAUGACUUGAUUGGGUCUGGCCAAGGAUCAGUAGCAGUCACUGCGCUUCCUCAAGGAACUGUGAGAAAGCACUAUAAGGGGUAUGAGGAGGUUAUUAUCCCCCCAACACCAACUGCACAAAUGAAACCUGGAGAAAAGUUGAUUGAGAUAAAGGAGUUGGAUGACUUGGCACAAGUUGCUUUUCAUGGCUAUAAAUCUUUGAACCGUAUACAGAGUCGUAUAUUUCAAACCGUUUAUAACACAAAUGAGAACAUUCUAGUUUGUGCUCCUACUGGGGCUGGUAAAACAAAUAUAGCCAUGAUUUCAAUACUACAUGAGAUAAGACAACACUUCAAGGAUGGUUACUUACAUAAAGGUGAAUUUAAGAUAGUUUAUGUUGCUCCCAUGAAGGCAUUGGCUGCUGAGGUGACAUCAACUUUUAGCUACCGUUUAUCUCCUUUGAACAUGACUGUGAGAGAACUUACAGGAGACAUGCAACUUACGAAGAAUGAACUUGAAGAAACUCAGAUGAUAGUGACAACACCGGAGAAAUGGGAUGUCAUUACUCGCAAAAGCAGUGACAUGUCACUCUCAAUGCUGGUGAAGCUCUUAAUUAUUGAUGAAGUACAUCUUUUAAAUGAUGAUAGAGGCCCUGUUAUAGAGGCACUUGUUGCUCGAACCCUUCGUCAGGUGGAGUCAACACAGACAAUGAUACGUAUUGUGGGCCUUUCAGCUACGCUUCCAAAUUAUUUGGAGGUUGCACAAUUUUUGAGAGUGAAUCCAGAGAUGGGCCUUUUCUUCUUUGAUUCUAGUUAUCGUCCAGUGCCACUUGCACAACAAUAUAUUGGAAUUAGUGAGCAGAACUUUGCUGCUCGAAAUGAAUUGCUGAAUGAGAUAUGCUAUAAGAAGGUUGUUGAUUCGGUAAGGCAAGGUCAUCAAGUUAUGGUGUUUGUGCAUUCACGGAAAGAUACGGCAAAAACAGCUGAGAAAUUGCUUGAGCUUGCUCGAAAAUAUGAUGAUCUGGAGCUCCUUAGGAAUGAUGAUCAUCCAAUGUUUGGCUUAAUCAAGAAAGAAGUCAUGAAGUCCAGAAACAAAGACCUUGUCAAAUUAUUUGAAUUUGGCACUGGUGUUCAUCAUGCUGGGAUGUUACGUGCCGAUAGAGGUCUGACUGAGCGGCUUUUCUCUGAUGGACUCUUGAAGGUGCUUGUUUGCACAGCAACCUUGGCAUGGGGUGUGAAUUUGCCUGCUCAUACUGUUGUGAUUAAGGGGACGCAAUUAUAUGAUCCAAAGGCUGGCGGUUGGCGAGAUUUAGGAAUGCUUGACGUUAUGCAGAUCUUUGGAAGGGCUGGUAGACCUCAAUUUGACAAAAGUGGUGAAGGCAUCAUAAUCACCUCUCAUGACAAAUUAGCCUACUAUCUAAGAUUGCUGACUAGUCAACUUCCCAUAGAAAGUCAGUUUAUCAGUUCCUUGAAAGACAAUUUAAAUGCAGAGGUGGCAUUGGGUACUGUGACCAAUGUCAAGGAAGCUUGUGCAUGGCUUGGGUAUACUUAUCUUUCCAUAAGGAUGAAACUGAAUCCUUUGGCAUACGGGAUAGGAUGGGAUGAGGUUGUUGCAGAUUCUUCUUUGACUUUAAAGCUAAGAGCUUUUAUAACUGAUGCUGCUCGUGCACUGGACAAAGCUAAAAUGAUGCGGUUUGAUGAAAAAAGUGGCAACUUUUACUGUACAGAGCUUGGUCGCAUUGCAAGCCAUUUUUAUAUACAAUAUUCCAGUGUUGAAACAUACAAUGAAAUGUUGAGACGUCAUAUGAAUGAUAGUGAGGUAGUUGAAAUGGUUGCCCAUUCUUCUGAAUUUGAAAAUAUUGUUGUUCGUGAUGAGGAGCAGAAUGAGCUGGAGCAAUUGGCGCGGGCAACAUGCCCUUUAGAAAUCAGGGGUGGUCCCUCAAACAAACAUGGAAAAAUUUCAAUUCUUAUUCAGUUGUACAUAUCUCGUGGCUCUAUUGAUACCUUUUCAUUGGUCUCUGAUGCGGCAUAUAUAAGUGCAAGUUUGGCUCGUAUUAUGUGUGCUCUGUUUGAAAUUUGUCUGCGUAACGGCUGGUGUGAGAUGUCUAUGUUCAUGCUGGAAUAUUGCAAGGCUGUGGAACGCCAAAUUUGGCCGCAUCAACAUCCCCUCAGACAAUUUGACAAGGAUCUCUCAGCAGAAAUACUGAGGAAACUUGAAGAACGAGGGGCUGACUUAGAUCGCCUGUAUGAGAUGGAGGAAAAAGAUAUUGGGGCCCUGAUUCGUUAUGCACCUGGGGGAAGGUUGGUCAAGCAAUUCUUAGGCUAUUUCCCAUGGAUCCACUUAUCAGCUACUGUUAGUCCAAUUACAAGAACUGUUUUGAAGGUGGAUUUGGUGAUAACUCCAGACUUCACUUGGAAAGACCGUUUUCAUGGUACCUCACUGCGUUGGUGGAUAAUAGUUGAGGAUUCUGAGAAUGAUCACAUCUACCACUCUGAGCUUUUUACACUGACAAAGCGAGCAGCUGGAGGAGAGCCUCAGAAGCUUUCAUUUACUGUGCCAAUAUUUGAACCGCAUCCACCACAAUACUAUAUACGUGCUGUUUCUGAUUCUUGGUUACAGGCAGAGGCAUUCUACUGCAUAUCUUUCCAGAAUUUAACACUGCCUCAGGCUCGUACAUCACAUACAGAGCUCCUGGACUUAAAACCACUUCCUGUGACUGCGCUUGGCAACAAGAUAUAUGAAGCCUUAUACAAAUUUUCACAUUUUAAUCCCAUACAGACACAGAUUUUUCAUGUCCUGUAUCACUCAGACAAUGGUGUCCUCCUGGGAGCUCCCACUGGAAGUGGGAAAACUAUAUCUGCUGAGCUUGCUAUGCUUCGCCUCUUCGAUACGCAGCCUGACAUGAAGGUUAUUUACAUAGCACCUCUGAAGGCACUUGUCCGGGAGAGAAUGUCUGACUGGAAAAAUCGUCUUGUCUCUCAGCUUGGGAAACAGAUGGUUGAAAUGACAGGGGAUUAUACUCCAGAUUUGAUGGCCCUCUUGUCAGCAGAUAUCAUUAUAUCCACUCCUGAGAAGUGGGAUGGUAUCAGUCGUAAUUGGCAUAGUCGAAGUUAUGUCACAAAGGUUGGACUUAUGAUUUUGGAUGAGAUUCACUUACUGGGGGCUGAUCGAGGACCCAUCAUUGAGGUAAUUGUUUCAAGGAUGAGGUACAUAUCAUCGCAAACAGAGCGUGCAAUACGGUUCAUAGGUCUUUCUACAGCUUUGGCAAAUGCAGGUGAUUUGGCUGAUUGGCUGGGGGUAGGGGAAAUUGGACUCUUCAAUUUCAAGCCAAGUGUGAGGCCUGUACCACUUGAAGUUCAUAUUCAGGGAUACCCUGGAAAGUUAUACUGCCCAAGAAUGGCUAGCAUGAAUAAACCAGCAUAUGCUGCAAUAUGCACCCAUUCACCUACCAAACCAAUUCUCAUAUUUGUUUCAUCUCGUCGUCAAACAAGGCUAACAGCAUUGGACCUUAUUCAGUUUGCAGCUUCAGAUGAACAUCCAAGGCAGUUUCUGUCUCUGCCAGAGGAAGAUCUACAGAUGGUACUUUCUCAGGUCACUGACCAGAACCUGAGGCACACCUUACAGUUUGGUAUUGGGAUGCACCACGCAGGACUGAAUGACAGAGAUAGAUCUCUAGUUGAAGAACUUUUUGCCAACAACAAAAUUCAGGUAUUGGUUUGUACUAGCACAUUGGCGUGGGGUGUGAACCUUCCAGCUCAUCUAGUUAUUAUCAAGGGAACAGAAUAUUAUGAUGGAAAAACUAAGAGAUAUGUUGAUUAUCCGAUCACUGACAUCUUGCAAAUGAUGGGUCGCGCAGGGCGCCCACAAUAUGAUCAACAUGGGAAAGCAGUAAUUCUUGUUCAUGAACCGAAAAAGAGCUUCUACAAAAAGUUUCUGUAUGAACCAUUUCCAGUUGAGAGUAGUCUGAGGGAUCAAUUGCAUGAUCACUUCAAUGCAGAGAUAGUUUCUGGAACAAUAUGCCACAAGGAAGAUGCCAUACAUUACCUUACAUGGACUUAUUUAUUUCGUCGACUGAGUGUUAAUCCAGCCUACUAUGGACUAGAGAACACUGAAGCUGAAGGCCUGAGUUCAUACUUGUCUAGAUUAGUGCAGAAUACAUUUGAAGAUCUGGAAGAUAGUGGAUGCAUCAAGAUGAAUGAAGACAGUGUGGAGCAUAUGAUGCUGGGCUCGAUAGCAUCUCAGUAUUACCUGAGCUUCAUGACCGUGUCAAUGUUUGGGUCUAACAUAGGGCCAGAUACAUCUAUUGAAGUGUUUUUGCAUAUUCUCUCUGGUGCUUCUGAAUAUGAUGAAGUUCCUGUGCGGCAUAAUGAGGAAAUUCACAAUGAAGAAAUAUCCCAUAAAGUUAGAUAUGCGGUGGACAAGAAUCGACUAGACGAUCCACAUGUCAAAACAUAUCUGCUUUUCCAGGCACAUUUUUCUCAGUUAGAGUUGCCUGUCACUGACUACGGCACUGACUUGAAGUCAGUGUUGGAUCAAAGUAUACGAAUCAUCCAGGCCAUGAUAGAUAUAUGUGCUAACAGUGGGUGGCUUUCAAGUUCAAUCACUUGCAUGCACCUUCUCCAAAUGGUCAUACAGGGUUUGUGGUUUGAUGAGGAUUCUUCGUUGCGGAUGUUGCCAUGCAUGAACGAUGACCUUGUUGGCUUGCUAAUAAAAAGAGGAGUCUCCUCUGUUCAGCAACUAUUGGAUAUUCCAAAGGCAACUUUGCAAACCAUGAUUGGAAAUUUUCCUGUUUCAAGAUUAUACCAGGAUCUGCAACAUUUCCCUAAAAUUCAAGUGAAAUUAAGAGUUGAAAGGAGGGACAUCGAGGGUGGAGAAUCUCUCACACUGAACAUCAGAAUAUUUGUGACCAAUUCCCGGAAGAACUCAUCGAGGGCUUUUGCCCCUCGAUUUCCUAAGGCAAAAGAUGAAGCAUGGUGGUUAGUUCUCGGUAACACCUCGACCUCAGAAUUAUAUGCUCUUAAGAGAGUUUCCUUCUCCGAUCGCUUAAAUGCCCACAUGACGUUGUCAUCAAGCAACCCUCUCCAGGGGAUGAAAUUGACUGUGGUUUCGGAUUGCUACAUCGGUUUUGAACAAGAAUAUUCUGUUGAAGAAUUGGUUGAUCUCUGAAAUGGAAAUCAGUAAUAUGUAUGUAUGUGGGUAUGAUGCCAAGUUCUGAGAACGUGUAAAUUACCUUCAAAAUAACUACCAAGCUGGGGCAGUCUAGUGUUUAUACUGGAUUUUAUACACACACAUAUAUAUAUAUGUAGAGAUGUUUAGUCAAAUGUUUACUGUUUAGAUACCAAAAGUUGUGAAUGUCACAAUUUUUAUGGCAAAAUUUGUGUUGCAUUUCAAUAAAUAAUUAUUCUGACGACUCUUUAUUUGCUUGCA